AUGGCAACCACAACCCUAACCGCCCUCCUCGCCUCCCUCAAAUCAGCAAACCUCCUCCCCUCCCCCAUCAUCCCAGACACCUUUUGCCCAACCUACAACCUCACCGUCCGCUUCCCAAACCUGACGCCGCAAAACGGUGACCUCGCACGCGUAAGCCAAGUCAAAGAGCAACCGCUCAUCACGCUAUCGCCACUGAGUGCUACACCCGCCGCCGCCGGCAACGAAACCAGCUUCACAUUUAUGCAAAUCGACCCGGAUGCGCCGACGCCCGACGACCCGAAAUACAGUUACUGGCGACACUGGAUCGUGUCGAAUAUUCCGGGUUCGGCGGCGGAGGAGGAGACGGGGGCGGAUGUGAUUGCCAAGGGGAGGACGGUGACGCCGUAUCUUGCGCCUGGACCCAAGGAUGACAGUGGGCCGCAUCGGUAUUUGUUUUUGCUGUUCAAGGAGUGUGGGGGGAAGGGGUUGGAGGUGGGGGAUGUUGGGGGCGAGGAGUUUGUGGAUCGGAGGAGUUUUAGGGCGGAGAGGGUUGUGCAGGAGAAGGGUAUGGAGUUGGUGGGUGUGCAGUGGAUGAGGGGGGUCGGGGAUGGGUGGGUUGGGGAGACGGGGCAGUAG